AUGUUUCUUUUCUCGAUUUCUUAUACAUAUAGAACUUGCGAACAACUCCGAUUUUGCAAGGACAACAUGAACACAACUCAUGAUGUGCUAUCAAUCAAACCAGGCACUCAAAAAUUCAUUGAUAAUGAAUUUAUUGCACCAUUAUACGUAAACAACAAAGAAAGUACGUUCAACUUACACAUUUACAAAAUAUCCAAAUCAGGAUUUAGAAUAAGAAUUGAUCCUGGCACUAAACUUUCUUCUUAUCGCUUUAAUAUUUCACAUGAUAAUUUAAUUGUUGACGAAAACAAAAUUACAAAUAAAGAAGAAGUUACAUAUGAAACACACAGACUAUUUGACGUAUUAAACGCCAAGAAAAACACAUCUGCACUGAUAAAUUUUGAUCCAUUUUUCAUUACAAUUUCAAGAGAUGGAAGAAAUUACAUUUCAAUCAAUUCAGAGAACUUUGUUUUCAUAGAAGAUGGCUCAGAAACGCCAAAUACAGAAUAUGACGGCUAUAUUGAAACGUAUCCACACGGAAAAACAGCUGUUGGCGUUGAUAUUUCAUUUUUAUCAGCAAAUGCACGUCUUACAGGCUUCUCAGAAGGCACAUAUCCAGCAAAUUUAGUAGAUACUAAUUCCAGCUCCGAAAGACACUAUUCAAGAGACAAUUAUGCCAUGUAUGGCUUUGUUCCUAUGUUAUCCGGCCAUUGUCCAGAUUUCGACAUAGUUCCAACUGUUUUUUGGAUGAAUCCAACUGAUAUGUUCAUCCAAAUCAAUACAAAAGCAUCAGGACGCAUUGCAAAGUUUGUUUCAGAAGGUGGAUUCAUAGAUUUAGUUGUAUUUUCCAAUAAAUUGGAAGAAAAUUUACAAGAAUAUUCCGAAAUCACGGGUUUACCACCAUUAGCACCUGCAUUUGCAUUUGGAUAUCAUCAAAGCAAAUACGGCUACAAGAGUCAGCAGGAAGUUGAAGGAAUUCUCAGUAAAUUAAACGAAAUCAAAUUCCCAUACGAUUCCAUCUGGUUAGACAUUGACCACCUUCAAGAUUUCGCUCCAUUCACUAUCAACUACACAUGGUUCCCCGAUCCUCAGAAGUUCUUCGACGACAGGAAGAAACAGAACAGAUUUGUCAUCAGAAUCACUGAUCCACAUUUGCCAACAAAUCUGUCACAUCCAGUUUACAAACAGGCAUUUGACAACGAUUAUUUUGUCAAAAAUUCCAGUAAUCAACAAGCCAUUGCUCCAUGCUGGCCAGGUGAUUCCAGUUGGCCGGAUUUCUUCAGAAAAGAUGUAAGAAAUUGGUGGAGUGGUCAGUUCACUAAUUGGCCGGCCAACGUAUAUGUAUGGAAUGACAUGAACGAGAUUGCUGUUUUCCAGAGAAUCGAAGGCACGAACCACAAAGAUUGGCUCAAUCUCAAUGGAAAAAUAGAAUCAAGAGAAAUUCACUCAAGUUAUGGUUUGUUUAUGACAAGUGGCACUUUUAACGGUUUGACAAACCGCCGACCAUUUGUAUUAACACGAUCUUUCUUUGCUGGAUCACAGAAGUUUUCAUGGCACUGGUCAGGCGACAACGAUGCAUCAUGGGAGCAUUUGAGGUUAUCUUUAGACAUGUUGAUUUCAUCCAAUUUGAACGGCCUUCCUUUCACUGGAUCUGAUGUUGGUGGUUUCACCGGAAAUGUCAGUGAUGAGUUGCACGCAAGAUGGUUCCAAGUUGGUGCUGCUGUCUAUCCUUUCUUCAGACAGCACUGUGCAAUAAAUGUGAACUACAGAGAACCGUAUUUGUACAAAGACAAUGAAAUAUUUGAUGGAAUGAUGGAAUCAACAAAAUUGAGAUAUAAGAUGUUCCCUCUUUAUUACACAAACGCUUACAAAGCAUCGAAAUCUUUGAAGCCGUUAGUUACUCCUUUAUGGUACACUUUCAAUGAUAUAGAUCAUGAUGUGAAUUACCAAUUGUUACUCGAUGAAAAAGUAAUGGUUUGUCCAAUUGUCACCCCAAAUACAUCAACUACAAAAGUGACAAAACCACUGGGUAUUUAG